AUCAAUCUUCUUCUUCUUCCUCUUCGUCCAAGUUUUUGAAUCGAAAAUCGAUGGCGGAUCAGAGCUCUAAGCCGUUACAGUUUUUCGUUAGACUACUCGACGGAAAAUCAUUAACCCUAAGUUUCUCCUCUCCAUUAGCUUAUGGCGAGCAGGUUAAGCAGCGGAUCUUCGAGCAAACGAAGAUUCCGACGCAUCUACAGCGAUUGAUAAGCGGAGGAUAUCAAAUCUCCGACGGAUCCGCGAUUUCUCAGCCUGACGCCACCGUGAAUCUUGUCCUUUCCCUGCGUGGAGGUAAAGGUGGAUUCGGAUCGUUACUUCGUGGUGCGGGUACGAAAGCUGGGCAGAAGAAGACAAACAACUUCGAUGCGUGUAGGGAUAUGAGUGGACGGAGAUUGAGGCAUGUAAACGCCGAGAAUAGGCUUCAGGAGUGGAAGGAAGGUGAAGAAGAGAGGAAGCUUGAGAAAUUGGCUCUUGAGUUUCUCAAGAAGCAAGCUAAUAAAGUUAAACAAGGUGUUGGAAAUGGAGCUACGCAGAAGUAUGUUAACAAGUAUAAGGAAGAAUCUGAUAAGUGUAUUUUGGCUGUUGAUUUGGCUUUGAACGAAUCUUUCAAGAAUGGGAAGAGAAAAGGGAAGAUUGGUGUUGAAUCUGAAAAGAAGAAGCGACUCAAGAUAUGGAAGGGAAAGAGAGCUGUUGAAGAUAGUGACAGUGAUGAUAGCAGCGACGAGGAGGAUGAGAAAUCUGUUGUUAUAAACAAUGGUGGCCAAGUUGUUUCAGAUAAGGAUACUGAUGAAAGCUCAGGCUCUGGUAAAUCUUCAUGCAAUAGCGGUUCGGAGGAAGAGAACGACUUUGUAGUGCACCACCGAAGAUUAGAUGUGGUUAAGGGAGAGAUCACCGGUGUUCAAGGGAUUAACGAAGAGAAGAUGGAUGAUUUACCUGUUGCUGUUGCUGUUGCUGAUGCAAUGGAUCAACCUGAAAAGGUGGAGAAAUCAAGUGGAGACGCAGGGGAGAAUCUGGUCGAUGUAGCUUGUGAAACGUUAAUUACGGCUGCAGCUGUUAAGAAUCAAGGAAAUGAUUCUGUCGUAAAGAGAGGAGGAACUGCGAAAGAAACAGUGUCUGUUGAUUCAGUUUGUUGCAAACCUGUUGGACCGCUUAACUUUGACGACUUCAAUUCAGCUACAGAUAUGGAGGUUUUGGGGAUGGAGAGAUUGAAGAUUGAGCUUCAGUCACGUGGUCUGAAAUGCGGAGGGACAUUGCAAGAGCGGGCUGCGAGACUAUUUUUACUUAAAUCAACACCACUCGAUAAGCUCCCAAAGAAAUUGCUGGCCAAGAAAUGAGAACAACAUCCUAAGUCCAAAAAAGUUGCUACCCUUUUGAAGUGUUUUUGCUUGUAGUACAAUAAUACAAUCCACAUUGUGUAAUAUCAGCUGUAAUUUUCACUAAUCCACCAAGAUAAUCACUUUCGCAAUGACUCUUCUCUUUUUCCCAUUUAUCUUCUACAAUAUAGAUCUUUCUUCUCU